GCCUCACAAGUCGGUAAUGUCCGUAUGUUGACACUUGGUGACUGAUACAAUAGCGAUGGCUUACCACAACAAACAGCGAAGGUUGUCUCAACAACAACCUGUCGAAAAAAGGCAUUAGCUGUCAUUACCAGAAUUUCCGUGCUCUUGCCUUUUGCCCCAAACGGUAGGAAAAUAUGUUUGCUGAAAGUGUAUUCUGGGGGGAGGGGCCCAAAGAAGGGGCAACAUUGAAGCUUGUAACGUUAGUUGUAACAAUUGCGUUUGUUGCAAGAUUUCCAUUGUCACCAUACAUGUAACUACUUUGAGAAGGUGCAUAUAUAUACUGUGUAAUGGGCGAAAGUAUUCAAAGUUGUCGUCAAGAGUGCAUAUGGGAAAGCCUUAGCAUCAUGCAUCCCAGCUUCUGUUAAUGCAGUCACCAAGACAUAAGUACCAGAAUGCCUUCGACCCAAAGCGUCUCCAGAACUGGAACGUGCCCAGCGGUUACAAGGAGAGGCCAACUAAACUGGAAGGAUUCACCCAGAUUGUAGCCAACAACCGCGGGCACCUCCUGCCCGGGGUCCCACGCUCUGCUACCUCGCCCUGGGGCACGUUCCUCGGCACCUGGGACAUGCCCAAGUCCAUCCCGCCCUGCCCACCAACCAGUCUCACCGCACGGUCAGCCAAGGCUGCGGACAAAAUCCUCGCGGCACAACAGAGGUCCAAACUCAACACUGCCAGCAAUGGCUUCAACAUUGCCAAGCUGCAUAAAUUGGAGUUGAGAGCAAGGUCUGCACCCCCUAAGCUGAAGUCCCCCGCCCCCCAGCGUCAGAAGUCUGCAACCCCCACCAAAGCACCCAGCCCCGCUGCCCCGGAUAGGGUGCCGACACCAGCACUGGAGAGGGUCGUUGAGGUGGAAUCUUAGAGCCUGACCAAAAAUGUCACCUUCCUUCCAUUUUCUUUUCUUUUUGUACAUUUCAUUUCUGCACUUGUAAAUAAAGCAAUGGUCCCAGCGAUGUUGCUUUUUUGUGUGAGAUUACACAAUUUGCUAGUCAUAUGCAGUAAGAGAAGUAGCAUCAGCAACUCAGCUUCUCAGGAGAGAUUAGAAAUGUUUUAGGAAGAGCUCCUCUCUGGAUAAAUAGGAAAGUUAUGGACUAUAACUUGUCUGAGAAGUACAUACUAGCUAUGCAUAUAUAUUAGGUGUUAAAGCUUUCUCUGGUAUUUGUAAAAGAAUCCGAUAGAAGUAACAAAAUGCUAUGGUGAACAGUGGAAGUCAUGUUGUAGAGGCAAUUACCCAGUCUUAUUCUUUGUAGGCAGAGGACUGCAUUUACCCCUGUAUGCUGGAUUUAAUGUUUACACUUACAAUAGAAGCUUGUAUAUCAGCACAUUCCCAGGUUACAUCUUGGAGAAUUAAUGACACAUGUGUACACUUGUCUGGGAGCUGUUGGUUCUAUGAACACAUUUCUCUGUUCCCCUCUGCACUGGAAACUAUACUAUGCAUACAUGUAUGUGUAGAAGUAAACGUGUAUGUAACAUAGCCAUACCCAUUAUGAUAUCACUGUUGCCAGAACAUGUUAUGUGUGUCUACAUAUACAUGUGGUAACUGGUAACAAACAA